AUGGCAUACGAAACCGAUCCCACAGGUAUAAUUUUUGCUGUUUUUUCCUUCUUAUCCUUUCUUGUUCUCAUUCCUCCGUUAGUAUACCAUUCUAUUAACAAGAAUAUUCCAGCCAUCAGUCUCAUCGCCUGGUUUAUUUACAAGAAUAUAGUUGGAUUCAUCAACGUACUUAUCUGGAGUGGCAAUAACUUCCACUCGGUCACUCAAGCCCCUGGCUACUGUGAUGUGACAGUUCGCAUUACAAGUGCUUCGAAUUUGGGCCAGUUAUGUGCCACUACAUGUUUGAUUUUUAAUUUGUACAUGGUAAUUUCUGCAAAGAGCUACAAAUUCUUGAACGUUGAAUCGAAAACAAAAAAAACUAUUAAUGUGCUCAUGUGUUGGCUUAACCCUGUUUUGGUUAUGGGACUUAGCAUCCUAGCACAAGCCAGUCGCUACGCUAUAGUGAGGUAUCGUGGAUGUAUUCCCGUCUACAGCUACGGUUUUGUUUCGAUUCUUUUGAGCUCUUUGUGGAAUGUAAUUUGGAUAAUCGUUGCAUUCAUUUUUGCAACUUUGACCAUUGUUGAGUAUAUCAAGAAAAGAAAAGACUUGAAUGAUCUCUUGAAGUGCUCCAACUCUGGGCUCAACACUCGCAAGUUUGCUCGACUUAUAGUCUUCAGUCUCCUCAUUAUUGUUGUUCUAUCUCCUGUGGUGCUCAUUGGGUUUUGCUCUGAUUUGGCAAACGCUGGUUCUUCAAUGUCAAGAAAUGCAAUUCCUCUCACCAGUCCACGUUGGCAGAAAAUAGUGUAUGUUGACGAAGGCUCAAUGUCAAUUGUACAAAAGUCUAUUGAUAUUGCUCUAAGUUUCUGUGCAUUUUUCCUAUUUGGCUUAGGCUCCGAAGCUUUGAAGAUGUAUCGCCGUAUUUUUAUAUCAGUUGGUCUCGUCAAAGAGCAGAGGUUUGUCCAGUCAGUUGAGGAAAUUCAGGACUUUGCUAAACACUCAUCGUUAGAGACAACUGAAGAUGACGAAUAUCAUGACUAUACACCAGAUGAUUUCAACCAUUAUGUCGUCUCAGUCAAGAAUGAAAAACCCAACUUUGUGCUCCCAAUUCUGAGAGUGCAAGGUUCGGAGAAAGGUUCAAAUUAUGGUCUUAGAAGCUAUGAAAGUAAUCCUUUUCAGAAGCAUUGA